UGUAUUUUGAUCAUCGCGGAGUGAAUCUUUGGAGGUGUUUGUAAAAUAUUUCUAAUAUUAUUAAAUUGACUCAAUAUUGUUAUUUAUUUAGUACAGAGUUAGAUAUAAAUGAGUUUGUGUUAAAAUAAUGUGUUACGUUCAGUAAUAUUCCUUUGUUUUGAGAAGUGACAAUUCCUAUUUUCAAGAAAAAACAGUUAAUAUGUUUGUUACACUGUGAUCUACAAUGAGCGAAUAUGGUUUAAACACAAACAAAACUGUGGACGAAGUAGCGAAUUUAGAAUGCCGUACUUGUUUGCAUCAUAUGAGCCCGACCGCUGUUUUAUUCAAUAUAUUCGAAAUGUGGUCUCCGCCUUGGGAUGGGAUGGCGAAUACUAUCGCCGAAGACCUAGAGAAGCUUACUAAUGUAAAGGUACAAGAAACAGAUAGACAUUCGAAAUUUAUAUGCAGGGCAUGUUAUGAAUUACUGCAUAGCGCCUGCACAUUCUCAACACUAGUAAAACAGAGUGAUCAAAUACUUCAACAAAGAUACCCGCAAGAAAAAGAAGCUGACAAUGGAUGGCCUAAACCAAUACAAAUAGACAAGUCCAUUAACAGUUAUAUGCAUCAGAGCUCUAUGAACGUUGAAAUUAAACAGGAAGUGCUAUCAGAAAAUGAAUAUGAGGCUGAAAAUGAUAUUUAUGAAAAUGGAGAGGAGUUUGCUAGGCUAGAUAUUAAGGUGGAACCUGAGGAAAUGAUCCAGCAACAACCCCCAGAACAGUUUUCCAUGAAUGGAUUCUUGCCAUCGGACACAUUUGGCGCCGACAUGACACAUUUAACGAAUGGAAACAGUGGAGAGCAUUUAGUAAGCAAUUUUAAAGAGGAACCGAUAAGCGAAGAAGAAGCCGAACCAAUGCAGACUGAGAUGCCACUAGAGUGCUUAUUGUGCGCUAGAGACUUUAACAGUGUCAACGGACUGAAGGCACAUGUGAUCGCCAAGCACUCAUACAAAUCUGUGAAGAGAAAGGAAAACUGCUUAUCAGCCAGACGGAAUAAAUGUUUCAAGUCAUCCAGCGCCCUGGUUGCACAGGAAACGAAUAGUGCGUGCUACGGCUGCAACGAAAGCUUCGACACUUUCCACAUGCUGACCAAGCAUAGACAGACGUGCAAGGCCCUCGCCAGUCAGGCAGACAAACUAAAGAAUUUGGACGAUGCUUUACGACCGAAACUUCAGGAUGCGACGAAUAAAUUGAAAUGCGCACAUUGCGAUGAAACCUUUACGGACAUGUACCAUGUGAUGAUACAUCAAGAGAUACACCAUUCGAAGCCCAGUGAAAAAGAAGAAUUGAAGGAAGACAGAGCAAUGGAAAUAGAGGCGCUAGAAAACAUAUUCAGCGACUGUAGCAACUCUUAGACUGAAACGUUUGUACUUAUAGGUCUGAUUAGCGAUUUAAUUUUGGAAAUAAAAAAAAAAAAAUCUGUUUUAAAUUCAUAUAGCUUCAAUCUUGACUAAAGUUUUUGCUAGUCUGUGACGUCACGGAGUAAUCGCACCCGGUCUCUAUGGUUCCACUCGUCUCUAUGGUUGGUAUGCAGACCGUGUUACUCUAUGGUUUUCUGACAUUAAUUUCCGUUUCUGGGAGAACUCAAAGAUAUCUUAUAACACAGUUUUUCGUUCUUAAUAUUAGUUUUUACAAGCAAAACCAAUUCAAUAGACAUUUUGGUUUUUUUAAAAUCCAGAACGGCCGUAGUUUUAUUAAAUUGUUGUUUUAAUUAACUGUAUCUACGAUUUAUUUUUCAGCCAAUCCAAGACUAGUCAAUGUUAUUUCAAAUUUAGAAUGUUCUCGAAAUUAGUUUCAUAACAUUAAAUUCUUAAACAAUUUUACGUGUAAACUUUACGUGAAAUUAAUUUUAUGACAUAAAUUUUGCGGUGCAGUGACGGCACGGCAAAUGUGACGUCAAACGGCAAAAGCGCAAACAAAAAUUCUACAAACUGUAUUAAAAUAUCUCAGUGUUUAAAUAUCAAUAAUGAUGCAUGUAUAGAUGUGAAAUAAAAUAACUAGUGCAUUUUAUGUGAUCCAUGUUCCAUACACUCUUUGCAUUGUAUUGUUUUUGUCGCAGCUUUGAGCGGGUGACGUUUGCACUUCUCCAAUUCUCUAAGACAUUUAAGGUCCUGAAUUAAUGAAGCUAUGCGGUGUAUACACUUCAACUUUCCAAAAUGUAAAAGCGUAAAAAUUAUAGCAUAACUAUUCCAAAGUCAUCCCACGUUUAUAAAUAAGGUUCUAAGAAAGCACUACUCCGCACCGCAACCAUUUGUGGCUGAGUUAAAUCACCAUUUUAUUUAUUGAUUAGAUCGCACGAUAUAUAGUUUUAAACAGUAGUACCACAGCGACUAUAAUAUUAAAAAUAAUUUACUGCUAUGAAUUUUUUCGCCUCUGCCAACAAACGUCUAUUCGAUCCCCGUCAGCAGCAAUUUAUAAUUCCUGCAUUUCCUCUGAUCUGGUGGGGGCGUUGGCCGUGGCUAGUUACCCCCCUACCGACAAUGCCGCUAAGCGAUUUAGCGUUCCGGGACGAUGUCGCGUAGAAACCGAAACGAGGUUAAUAUAACUGCCUUCUUAUCAGGUUAGCCCGAUACCAUCUUACCAUCUUAUCAUCACUCACCAGUUGGUUAGAUUGCAGUCAAGGCCUGUUUCGUACUGGAAUAAAUAAAUAAAACCUCGAACGGAUCUGUUAUAUCUAAUUUUAAAGUUCCAUACCUAACAAUUUUUUGUCAGUGUUUACUUUAGUUUAUAUUUGGUUAAUAGUUAUUUUGCUUCCUAAGUGUGAGAUAUAUAAAGUGAAUAUAUCACCCGCCAAAUGCUACAGCGAAAAAACUGUAGUAUGUCUUACACGCUCGCAACCGUAGAGUGGUUAUCGAGUAUCGAUCUACCAUAAUGUUAAAGAGAAAUAACUCAAUGUAUACUCGUAUUAGGGUCGUAAAUUCUGUAAUACCGAUUCUCAUUUUUUAUUGUGGAUAAACGUAAGCUGUUGAUCAAUGUACAUCAAGGUAUAUUUUGCUGUGUAGUUUAUCUAUUACACGUAUUAUAGAAUGCGUGCACUAGCAGCCUUAUCUCGUAUGUCUUUCGCAUUUUCACUUAUCGAGAAGGGCAAUUUCUAUUUUCGAUAAGUAAAAGUUUUAUCUAUGUAAUCAAUUGAAUUGCCGGUGAUAUUUUUAUGUUUGAAUAUUGUAUUAUGGACUGUAAUUGUAAUUUUUCAUGACCAUUUGUAAAAAAUAAGUCCAUGUGUAAAUAUUUUGUUAAUCCUGUUAUAUUGUAAUGUAUGUGAUUUUAUGUCCACUGGAGAUUAUAAGGUACUUAUAAGAUA